GCGAAGUUUUGUUUCAGGGUCCGCUUAAACAGUCCGUAAUUUGGACCAGUUUGACAAGCCACUGACACUGGAAGCGUUUGUUUUGACUUCCCUAGACUCUCUACACCGCGGUCCUACGAAGGCUCAAAUUGUAACGUUAUAAAGAAUAGAAACAUGAGCUUUCUAUUGUGAGUAUUCGUCUCCCACUUAUUAUUUUGGUUUGUUCAAUGUGCCUGCCUUUUCAAGCUAAUGCGUUAACAUUUUCACGGCUGGCUAUGUUAACGUUAUAUGCUAGCACAUAUAGCUAGGCUAAGUUUAGCUACAACAUGGCAAGGCUAGCUAGCUGAGUGUAUGUGGAGUGUACAGUAAUGUUAGUUAUCUAGCUAGCUAGUUGGUUGGAUAGCUAGCUAGCUAGCUAGGUAGGUAACGUUAACUAACUUAGCUAGGUCUGUAGCCGAACGCUGCAUUGUAAAUGCCACGAUUUCUAACUAGUCAAGCUAGAUAGCUAACGUUAUAACAAAUAGCUAGCUAUUAUUAUCUAUUGCUAGCAAGUUGGCUAAAUACGCUAUGACUGUCUCUCUCUAAAGAAUUAGCAAGUAUGUGGCAUCAUCACGGUAGCCAGCGAACUACAUGCAGUACAUGAAAGCAAAUGGGCCUUAGUUGUUAGCUAGCUAAGCAGCGUAUCUAGUUAGCUAUGACUGAAAAAAGAAGACGUUUUACAAUUAGUGCUUUUUCUUCUCCGUUGACAUAACAUUGUCAAACACUGGCGUUUCAUUCUUAGCCAAAUUGCUAACGUUACUAGCUGACCAUCAAAGAGAGUACUUUGGCCGUUGCUAUUUAUUGAGGGUGUGUGAGGUCAUCUUUUGUUGAUAUUGUUGAAAAUUAUGAUAUGCUCUUUUCUAUUCCAUAGCUAUUUAUUUAUAUUAAAGAAAUGAGUAACGUUAGCCUACUGUAUCACUCCCUACUUCACUUCCCUAAUCUCCCUGACUGACAAACACACACACACAAAUAGCUAACAAAAUGGCUACAUGGACUAUUUUACACACCAACACACAUACAAACACUCACUCCAUCAUUUGCUCACACACACAUAAUAUGCACAUACAUUUAUACUGACUGACUCUACACACAUGCUGCUGCUACUCUGUUUAUCAUAUCCUGAUGCCUAGUCACCUUACCCCUACACAUAUCUACCUCUAUCAAUUCAGUAUCCCUGCACAUUGUAAAUAUGGUAUUGGAACUGACCCUGUAUAUAGUAUGCUUACUUACUAUAUCGUGUUCAUAUUUUUAUAUCUUGUGUGUUUUUGUUCUACCUUAUGUUAUUUUUAGUAUUACAUUGUUAUUGAUUACUGCAUUGUUGGGGUUAGAGCUUGCAAGAAAGGCAUUUCACUGUACUUGUGUGCAUGUGACAUUAUAACUUGAAACACACACACACUUGAUCCAUUUCAUUGUCUUUCCAUUUGAAUUUCUCCCACAGUGGCAAUCGGUCGUCCAAGACCUUCAAGCCCAAGAAGAACAUCCCGGAGGGAUCUCACCAGUAUGAGCUGCUGAAACAUGCCGAGGCGACACUGGGCAGUGGGAACUUACGCAUGGCUGUCAUGCUACCCGAUGGGGAAGACUUGAACGAGUGGGUGGCAGUCAACAGUAAGGAACACGUCCACUUCUCUAUCCCCUUAACACCACUAACAUAGUGUCAACUCUUGAUUGUGUCAUAGUGUCUACACAGUUUCAAUAGCAGUCUGCAAGGCUGAGUUAAUUUCCAAUGAAGAAUUGGGCCUAGGAUCUGGGCAGGAUUUUAACACAAACUCCAGACCAAAAAACUACUUUGAAUGUUAAACAGAGAUGAUUGUCCACCCGUCGGUGCUGUCUUUGCUGUCUCCACCAAGACGGAUGACUCGUCCAGUGUAUGUCUCACUUCCUCUGGCACACACACACACACUAAUGACCUAACCCAGUCACGCAGUGGACGGACUGUCUGGGUUUCUGCUGUGAGAUUAGCAAAUAGAGAACCAGGCUACGCUAACAUCACUAAGCCAGAGCUGUCUGUGAAAAAGGACGUCCAAGUUGUUAUUCCUCAUGUCUCAGUAUAGUAGGGGAUGAUGGUUUGACAGGUGGAACUUUCAGAGCUUUGCUCUUCUACUGACUUCAGUGUGUAUACAGUAGUAGGUCAUGUGUGUUUUGAGAGAGGGAUGCAUUGGCGUCUCAAGCUAAUCAGGGGCCUUGAGCAAGAUUGAAUUUGCUGUAGUCUGCGUAUCAGGAGAGGCAACUCUGGAGGGCUGAAUGAUUGUGUGAGAGUGCUUUUGUGUUCCCUAUGUCUGCCAACACACUAAUUAGAUCUGAGAUCACACACUAACUUUUAUUUUCUUGUAUAUGAAUGUUGUCUGGAGGAUAUAAAUGCUCUGGAGCUCAGCUCACAUGCCCCUCAUGAUGCCACAUGUCCUUGUUAUUUAUUUAUGUCCACAGCUGUAGAUUUCUUCAACCAGAUCAACAUGCUCUAUGGCACCAUAACAGACUUCUGCACUGAAGAGAGCUGUUCUGUCAUGUCUGCUGGGCCUAAGUAAGUGUGGGUGUGUGGACUUGCUUGCAUUAUGUCAUAAUGAUAAAUUGCCAUUCAUGUAACUCUUUUUGUAUAGAUAUGAGUAUCAUUGGGCAGAUGGAACCAACAUCAAGAAGCCGAUCAAAUGCUCAGCUCCCAAGUACAUUGAUUACCUAAUGACCUGGGUGCAGGACCAGCUCGAUGACGAGACACUCUUUCCGUCUAAGAUAGGUAUGAGUUCAUGUCCGUCAUGUUUUGCCAUAACCAUGUAUUUUUACAUUGCAUUUCCAGUGAAGUGACACCAUCAUUUAUCUUUAGUUGUUUUAUACCCUGUUAAAUCUAUAUACUUUGUACCUUCUUUGCCCACAAGGUGUCCCGUUCAGGCGUAACUUUAUGUCUGUGGCCAAGACCAUCCUGAAACGCCUGUUCAGGGUCUACGCCCACAUCUACCACCAACACUUUGACUCUGUGAUGCAGCUGCAGGAGGAGGCCCACCUCAACACCUCCUUCAAACACUUCAUCUUCUUCGUUCAGGUACUGGACCGGAGCCCACUAUCAAUGUAGCCUG